UUCUUAAGUAAUUUCGUAUUGACACCAUGGCCGCACUGGAACCAUAUGCUGAUUUAAUUAAAGAUUUAUUUGAAACUGGCAAGACACAUGUAGAGAUUUCCACAACGCUGCAGCAGAUGGGUGUCCAGCGAUGUUCUGAAAUAAGUGUGAGAAGAUUCUGUGUUCAGCACAACCUUAAGCGAAAAAGACAUGUAUCGGACACAGAACUGGAGAGGGCUGUGGUUGGAUCAAUAUAUGAAACGGGCCCAUCUUAUGGCCGCAAGUUCAUGACUGGAUAUCUGUCUUCAAUGGGAGUGCAUGCAGGAGAAUGUCGAGUUGGGAAAAUCCUCAGAGAGAUUCAUCAGCCAUACCACGAAUUCCGACGUCAGGGUGCUCGUAAUCUAAAUCCCAUCCCGUAUCAUGCGGAAUAUAUGGGCCAUAAAAUUCACAUGGACCAAAACGAGAAGCUUGUGAUGUUUGGAGUGACACACGUCGUGGCAGUUGAUGGCUACAGCGGCAAAAUUGUUGCCAAUGCCACCAUGCCAGUGAAAAACAACCUUGUGAUUUAUGAGGAAGUUUACAGAUCUGCAGUGGUUAACCAUGGGAUGUGGGACCAACUCAGGGUCGACCAUGGCAGGGAGUUUUACAUGUGCUUGUACAUGCAAGAGAUGCUGUCAAGACAUAGACACAACCCUAGCAGGCCACCAUACCUUCAAACAACAUCAACAAGGAAUCUUCGAGUGGAAAGGAUUUGGCCCGAGGUGAACAAUCGCGUUAACUACCCAUUGAAACAGGCCCUGGUACACCUGCUGGACCAAGAAGUCCUCAACAUGGAGGACAAUAUGACUAAAUUCUGCAUUUCAAACCUGACAUGUCAAUUAAGCCAAAUUGGACUAGGCAGAGUGGUGCAAUCGUGGAAUGCACACAGGAUCCCAGGACGUGGGAUACCCAAUGAACUUGCAGCAGGUGACUGUCCAGCUAAAAUCUCUGAAGAGCUGCUGCCCAAUGCCUCUGUUGUGGCAAACAUAUUCGUAAACGAAUAA